AUGGAUAAUUUUAUUCCUUACCAGCAAAACGACUGGUUUGAGAACUAUCCUGGCCAGACAAACAUACCAACAGAGACCAAUGAGUUGCCGGAUUGGGAGUCAAUGUUUUAUGCUCCAGAGUUCCCGGAUCCGCAGUCAACGUUGUCUGCUCCAGAGUACCAGCAACUACAAAUGGAGUUCUUGGCCACCAUUCCUCCUCUUAGCCCCCAGCAAACAGGAACCAAUGCCCCUCAACCGAUGGGGCAAGAUAUCGUGGCUCCUAAUACAUUCCAACAAGGGGAUGUCUUUCACACUGUUCCCAUGGGACAAAUAGCCACUUCCACCAAUGUGGCACUCCCUGUUCCGGCUCAAACAGGUACCAACUGGCGAAUCGAACCAUCGCCGCCCCUGACACCGCCUCGUCGUGUGGUUAGAAAUCCCCGAGGCUACAGGCGGUCAGUGAAGUCUUGUGAGCGGUGCACGAUUCACAAGCUCAAGUGUGAUGAUAACCUUAAUGGUUGUCAACGCUGCGCAACUGUAGGAGAAGAGUGCUGGGAAAAAGAUCCACACAUCAGGGGGAGAAUGCUUCGAGCGGAGGCAAACAGUUUGGUGGAUCGAAAUACGGCGCUCCUGACUUGGUGCAAACUCCUAGAAGAUAGGUGUAAGGCUCUUGGGGUGGGCCUCCCAGGAAUACCAGCAGAGCUUGCAGAGUUGGUGAACAGGCGAUGA